AUGGCUGUCAGGGAUUCAUUAUCUAAAUACGACGAGAGCCUUCACGGCGGAGGUUACAUGGAGGGCGGCGCGAUGUACCAUGAACACAGGCUGUCGCACCCUCACCUCCCGCCGGUGCACUACCCCCCGCCCGCGGCGCCCGCGCACGCGCUACCAGGCGAACCGCUCGUGCACAAGAGAGACAAGGACGCAAUAUACGGGCACCCCCUGUUCCCCCUGCUGGCUCUGAUCUUCGAAAAGUGUGAGCUGGCGACGUGUACGCCGCGGGAUCCUGGUGUCGCCGGCGGGGACGUCUGCUCCUCCGAGUCAUUUAAUGAGGACAUAGCAGUCUUCAGUAAACAGGAGGGCCAGCGCCCCCAGAUAUUUGUCCGUUCUAACAAGAGCCGCCGCUCCCUCUAUCCGUCAAACAAAACGGAAGAGGACAGCGGGGACUUAAACAUUUGGAUAGGUCAAAGUAUAUUGGCCGAUUUGUCUUAA